UUCUUGUUUAAAUAAAUAAUAUGUCAAGUUACAACGCUGUGUCUUGGUUCAAUCCAUGCUCCUCCUCUUCGGAUGAAGAGGAAGAGGAGAACCGUUAAAGAGAAUAGAAAAAGAAAGCGAAUUACGCACUGACACAUCAGAAAAGUGAAUGGACUCACAUUGAACAGUGCCAAAACACUAUCAAAAUCUAUCGGUUUGGUUUAUAGUAGUAGCUGACAAAUCACAUUGUAAAAUCUAUUUAGGGGAAGGAUGUGAAUGACUCAUUUUCACUUAAAGGUCAAUGUUUAUCACGCCCUCGUUUUCUCAUUGGUUGUGAGUGGUGUUCCUCUUUCUCUAUGAGAGUAGUGUGAAUAAUAGGAGGGCCAGUCCCCUACGUGAAGAGUUAUCUAGUCUCUUUGUUUUCCUUCAGUCACUCAGGAAAGUACCAGCCCAACCUGCCUCCUGUCCUGGACAGCUACAGAGGAACACAGAGCAGAAAACAGACAAAGACGUCCUCGUCGGAUACAGACGCAACACACACACAGCAGUGUUCUGAGGUUUCACAGCAGAGGAAGCCAAGAGGACAAACACAAAGCGGCUCCAUCUCUCUCUCUCUUCCUGCACUCCCUCUGCUGCAUCUCAGGGGACUGAGGUUGCUCUACCCGAGCCUCUCUCUCUUCCUGCACUCCCUCUGCUGCAUCUCAGGGGACUGAGGUUGCUCUACCCGAGCCUCUCUCUCUUCCUGCACUCCCUCUGCUGCAUCUCAGGGGACUGAGGUUGCUCUACCCGAGCCUCUCUCUCUUCCUGCACUCCCUCUGCUGCAUCUCAGGGGACUGAGGUUGCUCUACCCGAGCCUCUCUCUCUUCCUGCACUCCCUCUGCUGCAUCUCAGGGGACUGAGGUUGCUCUACCCUAGCCUCUCUCUCCCCCACAGCCGGACGUUGCAGAUUGAUGAUGCCGCAGCAGUCAAUGGAUCACUGUGAGGUUUCAGAGAACUGCCACCAUCAUAGCCCGGGGGCCCAGGGGAGCCAGCGGCGCCUGGUCAGUGGACUCCUUCUCUGGGUCGGUCUCCUCACCGUCAGCCAUGUGGUCUCCAUCACCCUACUCAUCAUCACCAGGCCACACGCACUGCCUCUGACAGAAAUAGUUUCAGCUCCAAAACCCACAGCAGACUCAUCUCUGAGCAUACCCCUGGAGCAUCAAAGAGUGCCAUGGCAAAUGCUCACCUUUGAACCCACAAGUUUAGACGAUAAUGAUGUCUCGUUGGCGAGAAGUGGGAUCAAGUGGAAGACGCAGUCCAAGGCAAAUAAUUUUGUCUCCCUAAAGGAAGGAUCCCUGACCAUCAACCAGGAUGGUUGUUACUUCCUGUAUCUUCAGGUGACUCUGGAGACACCAGAGGUGUCUGGACAGCACAUAGUGAGAGUGAACAAGCCCAACAGAGUCCUGCUGGAAGUAAGGAUGACCAACACCUCCCUCAGCACAGGGUUCCUGGGCAGGGCUGUGGAUCUAGCAGCCUCUGACAUCCUCACAGUCACUGUCUCCCCUGGUGCCAGGAUCAACACCACCUACACCGCCACAUACCUGGGCAUCAUAGGUCCAGAAUUAUAUCUUUAGAAUCUAUUGGAUAUAGACACUCCUGUCUUCAUAGACACAUGCUGGGGGCUAGAUCAGGGAGUCAUUUGGUAGGGGUUGAUUGAAUAGAUCCUGGGGAUCUGGAAUUAACUGGGAUCAACCCAUCAUCCCACCACCUGUCAGAGAGGUGGAGUAGUGGGGAAGAUCAUGUGGGAGACACGGUAUAUUUGACUGAAACUGAUUCAGUCCGGCUCCCUGCUCAUCACAGAAGAUUAUUCCACUCCUUUAUACUCUACCUAGCCUUCCAACUGGUUUUGAGCUGCAAGGAUUUUCUUUCCAGAAUUCUACUGAUUUUUUAAAUAAUUAUUUUUAUUAACCUUUAUUUAACUAGGCAAAUCAGUUAAGAACAAAUUCUUAUUUUCAACGAGGGCCUACCAAAAUGCAAAAGGCCUCCUGCAGGGAAGGGGGAUUAAAAAUGUAAAAUAAUAAUGUGUCUUGUAAUGUUGGAAAAAUAUGUUUAAAAGUAUUGGUCAUCAUGGGUUGUGGGUUGUACUGUUACUUUGGCCGUUUUCUCUCUUGGAUUAAGUAGCACUGUUUUUACCGCUCAGGAUUAUAGUUCGUAUGUUUUUCCAGUAAAUAUAGGUUUUUAAGCUAUGAAUGAGGGGAUUGUCUUAUCAAGUCAUGUGCACAGGGUUGUUGAGAGAAUGCACAGUAUCAACAUAUCUUUAAUGUUUACUUUAAUAUUUGCGUAUUGCUUUGUAUUUAAAAUAUUCGGUUUUUUACCUAUUUAUUUUCUUCUUAUUUAUUUUCUAUAUCUAUUUUGAAGGACAUGUUGAAGAUGUUGUAGGAUGAGAUGUAGAGAUAAUCCAUGAAUGUAUGUCACUAACCAGGUUUCCAUUCAAUCGUUUUAUGCGAGUAAAAUACGUCAGGUAAAACAUUUAAUGACAGGCCUGAUGGAAACAGAAAAUGUUUGGUAAACCUUCCAAAUGUAGACAAAACAAAAUACGCUAUACAAGGUGGGAUCUGUUUGUGUCGGUAAAAUUAGUUAUGCGAGAAAUGGCAGUGAAUGGCGAUGAUGAUCGAUUCUUGGCUGCCUUUUGACAAAUACAAAUAAUAUUGCUCUUAUCCAAUAAUCGCAUAAUGUUGGUAGCCUACUAUCUGCGAGCUGUUGGCUAGAGCUCGUGUUCCAAGAUCAGAGUGCGCGUUUACUACUCCAUCAGUAGAGUUGAAAAUGCGUUGGAAACCCAUUUUCCAUUCGGUAGGCUACAUGGGAAUUUAACGGCAGAAGUUAUUUUUUAUCUGCACUACGUCCUCAAGCACAGCCUUUUACCCAUAAAAAACGUAUGUUUGAUGGAAACAUCCCUGGGAAUGCACAUAUCGUUUUAGCAGAUUUUGGAAUAUUAGCAUGAAAUCUAACGCAAAUUGGAUGGAAACCGACUUUAUAGCGCCAAAUAAAUUAGGAUAAAAUGUACGUUGUUACGAAUUCCACAAGUAAAGUUCCCGCUGCGAAACAUGAAUGUAAUCUAUUAUAUUAAGAAAGCACUGGAAUUUUUUGUUCUCCAAACAAAUAAAUUAAGU